AUGUCAACAUUCUCCAUCCAAGCGUUUUAUCAAAAAGAGCCCCUGACUUCGUCCGAAAUCACCCUGGCCAUGAAGUCAUCAACAAAAGAUGUUGCUUUCACACAGGCAGAGGUCGAGGCCGGCCAUAACCCUUUGAAGCGUCCAUGGAAUCCAACGGAGGUCUACGAAGAGGUCUGUAUCGGCCAUAUCCAACCGGGCCCAACCCGCAUCCGCUUCACUGGUCGCAUUGUCAACUACGCUGCGGCUUUCCUUGGCAUCAAGAACACCUAUAGCCGUCCGGCACAUCAGUUAGUUGUCGCAGAUGGCACCGGCGCUAUAGGGGUCAGGCUUAUUCCUAUUGGCAUACCGGCCUCUCUUUUGAUUAUAGGAAAACUCGUCACCGUCUGGGCUAGCUGGGCACGUACCGCGGCCGGUCUGAAUCAUGGGAACAUUCCCUUUGUGACGAUGUACACGCCAGUCAACCCGUCAGACGCAGGUACGAAACAGUUCAUUCAGUUCUUGCUCGAUACUCCACAGAACCAGCGACUGUGCCGGGCCCCCUUAGAGUAUGAUGAUAUCGACACGCAGAACCCGAAGCCACUCCCUGGCCUGAUGACUCUAGGCCAAUAUCUCAAGACAGGACAUGACAUCCAGGGAGCUCGCAUCUUGGUCUGUGUCAAGAACGUCGGCGCCCGCAAACUUAUCAUGAUACAAGACCGCACGAGAGAGGUUGCGCUGCUCGAAGUUACAGUUUAUGACGACACCGCCAGCUGCGUCUUGACUCUCUGGGAAGACAAAACCAAUUCCGCCAAGCUAUGGAAGCCCAGCGAAACAAUUCUGCUUCUAACGAGUCCAAAGCUCGUGCCUCCACGAGACACGAAGCCAAUGCUUUGGAGCGCCGGCAUCAGCCUGAACUACAACACACUCGUUGAUGUUGAUCCAGACUUCCAGGAUGCCAAGUGGCUUCGAGAAUGGGUGAAGAACAGAGUAAGGAAGGAGGGCGUGUAUUUGUCUUUCCCGAAAGGCCUCUGGGAUGCAGACAACGCUGUUCAUGGCCCCUUCCGGCCUCUUUUUACCCUUGCCGAAGUGGACGACUUCGCCCGUAGCGACCCGGCCACGGACUUUACCGGCAAAUUGAAUCUUGCGAUCCUUGAGUUCAACCUGCUGGAGCUCCAUCGAAGAGAUAUGAUGUGCAGUGCAGAGUGUUGUGGAGUACCCAUAUAUGCAAACCAAUCAUCCGCGACGUGCAAGAAUUGCAUGAAGGAGAAUCCUCUCGUCCUAAACCCCCGUAUAAUGGGUACUCUGGCAGACGAAACAGGAUGCGUUGUACAGGGGAAGCUUGUCUGGAGUGACGAGGCCUGGAGCGAGCUCUUCUUCCCCGACACCAUGUCUAACCACCCGAGACCGGAGCCGGAGACACUGGAUGGGGCGAAGACGUCUCCUGCUCCCGUAGUUUCGCCUUCUUCAUGGAGAGAACUUACUAUGAUGGAGACCAAUGGACUCAGAAUGCUGGAGGAGCAGAUGCUGUACGCUCGUCUCACGUUGACAUUCGGCUAG